AUGCCAAGUGACUCGACAAUUCAUGCCGUUGCGGGGGCCGCGGGCGGAGUUCUUGCGAUGACGGCAACAUACCCUCUCAUAUUUAUUUCGACGCGCGCCGCAGUGGAAACCAAGAAAGAGCGCAAGUCUGUAUACGAUGCCGUCGUUGACGUUAUCAAGCGUGAAGGUAUCCGAGGAUUGUACAGCGGUCUUAGCUCCAGCCUGCUAGGCAUCGCAGUCACAAAUGGAGCGUAUUAUUAUUUCUACGAGCGAUCGCGCGGCAUUAUCCUCACUUCUAGGCGAGGCGGUAAAGGGCUCAGCACUCUAGAGUCCAUGCUAGCAGGCCUCGUCGCCGGUUCAGCAACUUCCCUCAUCAGCAAUCCAAUCUGGGUGGUUCAGACGUCACAGGCAGUCCGCUCGAUGGACCAGACGUCAGACAAGACUACACCGAAGCCACGGAAGAUGGGCAUCAUUGAGACGAUUCAAUACAUUCUGCGGAAGGACGGGAUCCCCGCGUUUUGGCGUGGCAUCGGGCCCGCUCUGGUCCUUGUGAUCAAUCCUGUCAUUCAGUACACGGUGUUCGAGCAACUGAAGAAUUCCCUGAUACGGAGGAGAACUGCACGACUGAGAGCCUCCGGAGCGGUGUCGUCCGCCGUGGCCGUUCUAUCUGACAUCGACUACUUCAUACUCGGCGCGUUGUCGAAACUCGUUGCCACUUCAUUUACAUACCCUUAUAUUGUGGUCAAGAGCAGACUCCAAGCCGGACGGGCGCAUGCUCUGCAAUACAAGUCUUCUCUCGAUGGGCUGCUCACAAUCGUACGGGAAGAGGGGGUAGAAGGCUUGUACAAGGGUGUCGGGAGCAAGCUAGUGCAAAGCGUGCUGACUGCUGCCAUCCUCUUCAUGUGCCAGAGAAGGCUGUAUGAACUCACGAAGGCUAUCGUAUUGACGCAGUAG